ACGACUUUUUCGACUCAAAAACACUCUCAACUCUCCUUUACUUACCAGAUUAAACAUUAAUAAACAUUCUUCACAGAUUCCGGCGGAGUGAUGGCGGAGAAAUCUUCGCCGUCGGAGUGGCAGCUUCCGGCCGGCUGGACCUCCACGGUCAAAACCUCAAAAAACGGUCGAAAAUACAAGCGCCUUUUGAAUGAGGAUUUGAGAAGAGUUGCACUUUGGAGAGGACAACACGAUGAAAGAGAUAGAAGAAUACGAGCACCCUAAGAUGAAGUUAGACACCCUGAAGCAUAGUUCUUGAACUUUGUGCUAUACUGAUCCUUCGCAAAAACUCAAAUUCCUCUCAAAACCUGAGGUGAUUCGUUAUCUUAACAGAGUUGAAUCCAAUCUCCCGCUCAAAUCAGAAGGCAGUAGUGAAGAUCCCGGGCCUCCUAGACUACCAGAAAAAAGCAAGGAGAUGAUCGUGCAAUCUGACAAAAAUGUUGUAGUUGAGGAGGCUGUUGCAGAAGGACUGCCCCCUGGAUGGAUGAAGGAAGUGAGAGUUACACAAAGGGGUAAAAGCAUCAGAAGAGAUUCGUAUUACACUGAUCCUAUCAGUGGUUACGUAUUUCUCUCCUUAAAGGAUUGUAAGCGCUAUCUUAAAACUGGAGUAUUAGGAAAGUCUUCAUACAAGCCCAAAAAUAAAGAUCAUGUAGAUAUGGAGCUGGAAAGUGAUAAUAUAUCUUCGCCUGCUAUAGAUCAAGGAAAGGAGGUACAAGACGGAGGAAUUGAUAAACCGGGUACUGAGAAUAAAGAAGAGAUACUUACUCCUACCAUCACAGAAGAUCACAUAUGCCUCCAGUAUCCAAAUUCUGAUCAGAGUAGAAGUGACGUAACAGAGAGUGAUUUGAACUCGCAAAGUACCCAAAGUUUGGAGCAAGUAGAAGGGAAAUCGGAUUCCAAUAUAAAUACACUUGUUUCAUCUCCAGUGGUUGAAGAUUAUCCUAAGAACUUAUUGGAAAAUGGGGCGGAAAUCCAUGACACUGACAAGUUUGAGAACAGUAAAAACAAAUCAAAUUCCAAGAGGUCUUCUUCCUUUCCUCGCCGGGCUUCAAAGCGCCUCGCUGGCAUUGAAUUAGACCCAGUGCCUAUAGAGUUAGUGGAAAAUGGGGCAGUACAUGAGACUGACAGGAUCCAGACCAGAAUAAACAAAUCAAAUGACAAGAGUUCAUCUGACUUUCCUCGUCGGUCUUCAAAGCGCCUUGCUGGUGUUGAAUUAGACCCAGUAUUGGAGCUAAAAACUAAUGAUCGAACUCGUCGACCCGCAGCUCAACUGUCAGGAGAAGCAACAACUAGUUUUAGUGGGAAAACUCAUGACUUGCCUACUACAGAAGAGCUUCCUGGAAAAUUUGUAUUGGGAACUAUGACUAGUGAGCAUCAAAGACUGUCUCUUGGCUUGCCCCCGGCAAACUUAGCAAAUUAUGAGGAGCCAGGUGUACAGGAGAAACAGUUACAAUUCUCUGAAGAGCAGGCUGGGGAGAAGGAACCUUCACCUAUUUUAAAAGAACAAGCGGCAGAGGAGAAACCUUUAAAUGCAUCUGGAGAGCAAUAUGAAGCUGAGGAUUUAAUAAUGCUUUCUAAAGAAAAUCAAGGCAAAAAGGAAAAACUUCUGUUUGUUUCGAAGGAGGAAACUGCAGAGAAAGAACAUGCUAAUGUUAUUGAUUCAUUACUUGAAUCAUCUACAAACUUCUCUAUGGCAGAUAUAUGGCAAGACCCAUGCAUUGAGUUUGCCAUUAAAACUUUAACCGGUGUAAUUCCGAUUGGGGAAGAAAACCAGGCUGAUAAGCAGGCUGAUAAGAAUUCUGGGUCAUCAGCAGAAAUGUCUUUCUCGGAUAUAUGGUCGGAUCCUUGUAUUGAAUUUGCAGUAAAGACUCUUACUGGUGAUUUACCCCUGGAUGAGGAUUUAAGUAUGCAGAAUCUUUUGCAGCAGCAAGUCAGCUCAUCAGACACUCAAGGAGUCAGUAGUACUAUGCCUCCAAACAUAAAUAGUUUCUGCCCAACUGAUUACAUAUCACAACGUUGUAGUGCUGCUGAGAAGCCUCAAAAUAGGGAGCAACAAGUUACGGCAGCAUCUAGAAUACCGCAAAGCAGCAGUAGAAGCUUGCAGACAUCAGGCAGCACUGUCCUUCACCAAAGUAUACAGGACAGAACCUCCAGUCAACAUCCAUAAUUUACAGUAUAAUUCUUAGCUUAUAGGUUUGGCAGAAUUAUUUAAGUUAUAUUAGGCGUUUUUCAUCUUUGAUGUUUGCAACUUGUAACUGGAUCCAGGUCCUCAUGUUUUAGCAUUGAUGGUAGGCUUUAGUUGCUUAUCGUUGAUUUGUUCAAAGACAAAACACUGAACAUAUAAUUCAAGUUGGUCAUUUGGUUUGAUGAAA